UGAGGGGGACUCCACCUGCACACUGUUUUAAAAAGAUCCAGGACUGAGUCCAAGAAGCUGGGGGUGCCCUUGUGGGGCGCUUCAGAGCUGUUCUUGCCAUCCCUGGAAGGCCGAACCCCCAGUCCGUGAGCUUAAGACUGUGACCUUUAGGACCGCGCAAAGCGAGAGACUCAGAAAGCUGAAGUUCCCAGGAGGAGAGGAUUUUUCACGCUGCACCUCUUUGCGGUUCAGAAUCCAGUUCCUGGCCUGCAGAGAGAAAAACCAGCGGCGGCUGGGAGGACGAGAGUCAGGUCGGCACCCCGUGGACUCGAACGCCCGCAAACCCCACGCACACGGGCACGCAGGCCGGCGUCCCGCCGCUCAGCGGCGCGCGCGCGCGCUGCCUCUCCAAAUCAGCCGGCAGGGGCACCCCGACGGUUCGCCACGCAGCCAGCCGACUGCACGCCCCUUUCCCGGGCGCUGUGGCCAGGACCCCAGCCGAGGCGACGCGGCUGAGGGAGCCCCCCUUCCCUGCCUCCCUCCCUCCCUCUUCCAGAGCCGGGUUUUUCCAGCCGGCGCCUCACUCCCUCCGCUGCAAUCUCUGAGAACUGGGCUGUGACGCGCGCUGCUCCUGCCCAUUGCUCCCUUCCUUUCCUGGUUGCCUCCGGCCGAGACCCUCCUGUCAACAGGCAGGGUUUCCAGAAGAGAGACCCCCGGCGGACAGAGGUCCCUUUCCUCCGCCUCGAGGGGGCCAUGAGCACCCAGCAGGAGGCCAGGAGAGAUGAGGGUGACACCAGGAGAAGGGGACCGGAGGCAGAGCUGCCCCGGGACCGGGCCCCCCUGAGCCAGCAGCGGCGGCUCAAACAGGCCGCCCAGUUCCUGCACAAGGACUCGGCUGACCUGCUGCCCCUCGACAGCCUCAAGAGACUGGGUACCUCCAAGGACUUGCAGCCACACAGCGUGAUCCAGAGACGCCUGGUGGAAGGAAACCAGAGUUGGCUCCAGCGCAAGUCUCCCCUGGCGCAGGCCCCCAUUCACGGCCAGGAGAGCCGGGGCAACACGAGUGGGACGCUGCUCCCCGCCCUGCUGGUCAGUUGCAAGUGCCAGGACCAGCUGCUUAGAGUGGCCGUGGACACAGGUGCCCCACACAAUCAGGUCUCUUCCGCGUGCCUCAGCCGCCUGGGGCUAGGGAGGAGGGUCCUCAAAGGCCCAGGUGGGGACCUGGCCCCUGAGCCCCCGAGCCAGGUGGAGCAGCUGGAGCUGCAGCUGGGGCAGGAGACUGUGGCGUGCACGGCCCAGGUGGUGGGUGAGUCCUCCCUCCUCCCAGCCUGGCUCCUCCCCUCUCCUGAUGUCCUCCUCGGGGUGGGGCCAGCGCCAGGGGUCCUCCAGGAUGCGCUGAUCAUGCCCAGUGGUCUCAGACCUGGUGGACAGAGAAGGGGUAGGUGGGUGCCCCGCGGAGAGCAGCAGUGACCACAGCACUUG